CGGGCCAGGGCGGAGCGAUGGGAGCCAUCCUAGAGUUUGUGGUUGUAGAAGGCGUGAUGGAGAGACUGUUCCUCUGGAGUCUGAGACGACACUUCACUGACGAUAUGAAACUGGAACAACUGAGGAUGUACCAGAUGUUACUGUCUCAGGCCAGACAGCCUCUCCUGCACCACAAACCUGUUCUACGACCCUUAAUGAUGCUGUUAUCUUCCUGUGCUGGAGCUGGGAGUGGAGGAGGAGGAGGAGGGUCAGUGGAAGCAGAGUUGGUGCUCCUGCUCAACCAGCUGUGUGGUGCGCUGGCUAAGGACCCCUCAGUGUUAGAGUUAUUCUUCCACACCAGUGAGGACCAGGGGGCAGCCAACUUCCUGCUCUUCUCCCUGCUGAUCCCCUUCACGCAUCAGGAAGGCAGCGUAGGACAGCAGGCCCGGGACGCUCUGCUGCUCAUCAUGCAGCUGUCGACCUACAACCCCAGAGUCGCUGCACACAUCACAGACAACACGUACUUCUGUCCUGUACUGGCUACAGGUCUGAGUGGUUUGUAUUCGUCUCUACCUGCGAAGCUACAGGUGUACAGUGAAGACUGGCACUGUCUGGAGAGAGCUGACUGGGUACAGGUUCCGGCUUUGGUCCAGUUCCUAAACUCUCUGCAGUUCUGCUGCUCUGUCAUUAAGGUUGGACAUCCCUCUAUCAGAGGUCAGUUGUUGGGAUAUAUCUACAAUGGCUUCCUGGUUCCUGUACUGGCUCCAGCUCUGCACAAGUGUACACUAGAAGAGGUGAUGACCACUACAGCGUAUCUGGACCUCUUCCUCCGCUCGGUGUCAGAGCCCGCCCUCCUCCAGACCUUCCUCUCCUUCAUACUGCUACACACACACGACAACGUCCAGCUCCUAGACACACUGGUGUCCAGAGUUAACACACCUUUCCAGUUAGGUACAGUGUCUCUGGCUUUGUUCCGAACUCUCAUUGGUCUGUUCUGUGAAGACGUGAUGCUUCAGCUCAUACUCAGGUAUCUGAUCCCGUGUACACACCUGUGUGUGAGAGAACGCCGCUCUCUGAAGGACAGAGACGCCUACUCUUCAUCAGCUGUUAAAUUCCUCUUCCUCACUCCCUCCUGGUGCCCCCUGCGCCUCGGAGCCGUUCACACUCACACCCAACACAUCCACUGGGCCAUGGGGAAUGACGUUCCCAUGUCAGAGGGUGACAGUGUUGGUUACUCCAGGAUCUGCAGGACAGACCUCCUGAUGAAUGUCAACUAUCUCCAGUACCUCUGGGAUGCUAGAGUUGGGAUCGCUGCAUCGCUCCAGGCCUGUCUGGUCUGGUCUGGUCCCUAUGAUGGGGAGAAGCCUGCAGCUCGAGAGGAGGAAGACGGGGAAGAGAGAGAGCAAGAGAUAGAGGAGGAGAAGACGGAUCAAACUUUCAACUGGACUUCAUCUCCCAGCCCUCCCCUCACCUCCCCCCCUGUAACCAUGGGAAACCAACAUAGAGGGGGAGACGGAGGGAGGGGGAGUGUGGUCGAGUUGGAGUGGGAUGAUAGUUAUGAGUGGGAUGAUAGUGCCCUCCCAUCCUCCUCCCUCCCCCUCACCCCCCCAGUACAUAUUGAAACCCCUCAGCAUAUUCAGGAGAUGAGACGUUCGGCCAUAAUGUUGAUCCAAGGCUCCUACGUAGAGGAGUCGGACUUUCAGGACGAUGUGUUGGUCUAUAACCUCAUAGCACAGAAAGACGAGGUGGAAUACAAACCUGACCGCAGGACUACUCCACAGACCAGGAAACCAGUUGUUAGUCAAACAACCUCGCUCGUUCACAGACAUGGAACGCAUAGACGAGAGAAGGAGGGGGUGAUUGUGGAAGAGGGGGUGAGAGAGGAAGAGGGGGUGAGAGAGGAAGAGGGGACGCUGACCACGACCGUGAAUCAGACAAAUUACCUGACAACCGCAGACCACCAGGAGAGAACCACCUCAGAGAACCACACACACCCAGUCGGGAAACAGCAGGACUGUAACAAAACCGAUGCUGAUCAUCCUGUGAGCCCGGUUACGACCUCGGCGGUGGAUGACAGCUUCCUGUCCCAGUAUCGGGAGCUCAUGCGCUCGCUGGGGGCGGAGCCUGAUGACGUCACCGAUGACAUUACAGAGUUCAGGAAGCGUGUGUUGGCUCUGGCCCAGGGAGGAGAGGAGGAGGAGGUGGACUUUAGCGUGUUCUCUACAGACUCCCCGGAACCGAAGGAUGCCGAUCUGGAACCGGAGAACAGUCCAGAACUAACGAGCAACAGCCAAGACAGAAAACAUGGGAUACCCUUCACUGGCCCGUUCAUUAGUGUUCUGCUAUCACGGUUGGAGAACCUGUUGGAGAACCCUAUUCCAGUCAACCUGCUAGUUACAGGGAUCCUGUCUCAGCUCGCCAAAUACCCCCAGCCUCUUCUCCGGGCGUUCCUACUGAACACGCACACUGACCCACCGCCCAACAUAGAGCGGUACGCAACGGACCAGACAGAGUUUCCUGCUACAGUCAGAGAAGCAUGGAGAUACCUACUGGCUAGAGACCAAGCACUGAAACUCAGAGAGCUCCUCCAGGACAGCCAUAGUGAUAACAGGAAGAGUGUUCUACCCAAUGGAACACAGCAGAUAACGCAGAACGUCCCCCCGUGUCCCAACAUUCCUCCGCAGGCCAGGAACAGAGUCUUCGCUACAGUUCUAUAUGCAGAGUUCUUAAAGGAGUUAGCUGCCAUCGCACAGGAACACUCUAUAGUACCUGACUCACCUAUAGAGGAGAUUAACACCCCCGACUCACCUAUAGAGGAAUAG